AUGGGGCUCUCUAUCAGCCGGCUCCUCAGCCGCAUCUUUGGAAAACGUGAGAUGCGUAUUUUGAUGGUUGGACUGGACGCCGCCGGCAAAACCACCAUUCUAUACAAAUUGAAGCUUGGGGAGGUUGUCACGACCAUUCCUACAAUCGGCUUCAACGUUGAAACUGUGGAAUUCAAGAACAUCUCCUUCACUGUUUGGGACGUUGGAGGGCAAGACAAGAUCCGCCCCCUGUGGCGUCACUACUUUUCAAACACUCACGGCAUAAUCUUCGUGGUCGAUUCAAAUGACAGAGAACGUAUCGUUGAUGCCAAGGAGGAGCUUCACAGGAUGUUGGGCGAGGAUGAAUUGCGGGACGCCGUGCUGUUGGUCUUUGCGAACAAGCAAGACCUUCCCAAUGCAAUGAGUGUGCCAGAGAUUACAGACAAACUAAUGCUCUACUCCAUCCGUCACAGACACUGGUACAUCCAGUCGGCGUGCGCCACUGCUGGCGAUGGUCUCUUUGAGGGGUUGGAAUGGUUGUCUACCACAUUGGCUAACAAAUCGUAA